CCAUUCGCGCCUAAAAAUUCGAAAAUCACACCAGUUUUCGAACGCGCGGAAGAAAUUCGAAAUUACGUCGCCCGCCGUUAAAUUUUGCUUCAGCUCACAUCUCUCAGUGUCAAAUCGAAUGCGUUUGUUUUGUGGUGUAUGAGAAUCGUUUUCCCGGUGAAAAUAGUGGUUUUUCCUGACAAUGGAGGAAGAGAAAUCCAACACUACGAAGCGUGCGAGAUCCCGAAAGAAGUUGAUGUACAAUAACAUCCGGAAGCAAAUGGAAUUCUACUUCAGCGACGCUAACAUCACGAAAGACCGCUUUUUGGGACAAUUGGUGAACGAGGAUCCUUAUGUUCCCCUCGAGAUCUUUCUCAGCUUCAACCGGAUGAAGCAGCUGACAGAGUGCGCGAAGGACAUUGCAAAGGCGCUGGCGAAGUCUCAGAUGCUGCAGUUGUCUGAGGAUGAGAAAAAGGUGCGCAGACGGACAAAGAUCAAUUGGAAGAUCAACUCUGACGAGUGUACGAUUUACGUGGAGGGAUUGCCUGCCAAGGCUGAUCAUGAGUGGAUGAAGACCACCUUUGGAGGCUAUGGAAGUGUGGUUUAUGUUUCGCUGCCCAAGUAUUCGGCCACAAAGAGGAUCAAGCAGUUUGGAUUUGUGGAGUUUGACGGCACUUCCGCAGUGGAGAAGACUCUGAAGGCCUUCCAGAAGUUCGGCGGAGUGCUGAGCUCUGAAAUGGAUCCGGCGGUGCUGCAGAGUGUCGUGUCGUUCAACCAGGAGCAGCAGGAGAAGCCCCAGGAAGAAGGCAAAGAUGCGCUGAAGGCGGACGAGGAGACUGAGGAGAGUGGCGAGGAGGAGAGAAGUGAACCGCCGGCCAAGAGACUGAAAGUGGAACAGUGCGAAGCGGAGGAGAAGACAAAGAAGGAAGACACAGAGCCAGAAAGUGCCCAAGAAGAGGAGAAAGCCGAUGACGCUGUGGCGACGGAUGAGAGGAAGACUCAUCGGCGGAAGAGGCACAAGUCAAAGAAGAACUCCUCGGCGGAGAGAGACUCAAUCUUUGACCUGAAGAUCAUGACGAAGAAGGAGUGGAAGAGACUGCGGAAUAAAUACCUCAAUCUGCAGCGCGAGAGAUUCAAGGAGGCGAAAGUCGCGCUGCAAGGCUUCAAUGGGCAUCGAAAUGUUGCCAAGUCGCCCACUUUGACGCUCUCCAAGUCGCCGGGAAGCAUGAAUUUCUACGGAGAGUCGAAGCCAGCGCCCAGCACGGGAAUCUCCAUGACGAAGGGUGUGAUUGUGGAGGUGAAACUGGCUGAGGCGCUCGUGGAUGUGAAGGACUUCAAGGCUGAGCUGCGACAGUACGAAUUUGUGAAGUACGUGGACGUGAAGGAGGGCUCAAUAUUGGCCUACAUUCGCGUGGAUACGCCAGAAUCCGCCGAGGAUCUCGUGAAGCGCUACACAGAUCCAGAGAGAGUGGCUAGCAUCCUGUCCGGAGACGCAGAGGAGCUGUACUGGCGCAAGAUCGCCGACGACAGAGAUGCCAAGAUUAAGAAAGUGGUGAAAGUGGAGAAACCCAAGCGUGGCCGGGAGAAGAUCAAGAAGAAGAUCAAUCAGCACAUCUUCUUCGGCCAGGAUGAGGACAAGGAGUGAAUCUGUGCCG